UAUUAUACAAACGUAAUCCACCGCAUUCGCCUAAUUCUUAGCUGACGCAGGUACUAAAAAUAAUCUACUCGUUGUGUAUCGGUUUUAUUUGGAGAGAACAUGCGUUUGAUAUGUGUAGCUAAACGCAGGCUAUGAUCCACACACUAGGGGAAAAAAACAUUCUAAAUAUUUUCUUUCUGUGUUUGCAUGUAAGAUCUGGGUUUAAACGUCGAUCGGUUAUUUUAAAUGCGCCUCUUGCUAGCACAGACCAGUAAAGUCGUUCGUAGGCUCAACAUGGCGAUUUAUAUGAACGAUGUGGGGUGUUCCAUUGUAUAGAAGUGUCGAUGAAAGAAUGAUCCUGACAGACAGACGGGAGUCUCGGUAAAUAUGUAGAUUCUGAUGCUUUCACUAAGAAGAAUAAUUUCUGUUUUAAAUGGAGCCAAAAAAGCGCCCAUCCAGUGCUCCCUCCACAACCCGGACAAUGAUCACGUCAUCCGACAGACGCACAACCUUUCCAAACUGCUGCUCAGCCACUCCCAGGAUCUGCUGAAGGAAUAUCUCAAAUGCCAGGGAGAUCCAUUCAACCAAUCGGACUUCCGUCCUUCUCCUUCUAGCCAACCCGACCUACCCAGACCGCUCCCCGAAAUGUGGCACUCGCUCACGGACGAAGAGCGCCUCCUGGACAACUUCACCGCUCACUUCCUGCUCUCCCAUCACCUGCGUCACACGCAGGAGGAGCAGAAAGAGCUGAACCCGAACGCGGCGGUCCUGCACGCGCUGCUGGAGACAUCCCUGAACCGAACCUGCCACCUGCUGGCAAACAUCAGAGCCGUCAUGGACAACAUGGGCGUGGCGCCGCCGGAUCUCGACGCGCCGUUGCCCGGCAACAUCACCAUCUUCGAGCAGAAAGUGAAGGGUUACUGGGUGUGCGAAGGGAGCAGAGACUGGCUGGAGAGAACGGAGAGAGAUUUCGCGUCACUGGUGGAUAAAUUGCCCAAUUUCUGAACGCCUUGGACUGAGGGAAAUUGAUAAAUAAGGCGGGUAAGAUUUGGAAUCUGGUCACACUUUUGUGUAUUCCUUGCAUCUCGUUGAAAACGGAUUUCUGAAAUGACUCGGACUGAAGAAAUAAUAAUUUAAAAAAAAAACAUAAAAGACUGGUGCGAGUAUAAUUUUUUUUAAAAUCUGGCCAUCGUUCUCUGAAUUUCGCCUGAGGAAAUGGUCAAGUCAGCAGUUGCCUCAACGGACAGGCAAUCCAGCAAAUUUCAAUACGGAUAUGAAACUGUGAUAUAGAAAACAUAUCAAAUACUACUGUGUCUGCAUAGAUAUAUACAGCUGUAAUCCAGUGCGCUGGCAUUGCCUGCUGUGUGCUGGGCAGAGCCUCGCUGUACCCAGGGCAAUGCUGGCAGGACCGCACUGUAUAACACUGAUAUAAAACCCUGCACAGAACUACAGCAGCUACCCAACACAGAGGUGUCUAUAUAAAGGCAUUUAGUUAAACUAAUUAUUCAGCCAGCAUUGCCCUGGGUACAGUACAGUACAGCACAGCGAGGCUCUGCCCAGCAGCCAGCAUGCAAUGCCAGCGCACCAGAUUACAACUUCCUAUAGACACCUCUGUGUUGGGUAGCUGCUGUAGUUCUGUGCAGGGUUUUAUAUCAGUGUUAUACAGUGCUGUGUGCUGGGCAGAGCCUCGCUGUACCCAGGGCAAUGCUGGCAGGACCGCACUGUAUAACACUGAUAUAAAACCCUGCACAGAACUACAGCAGCUACCCACCUGCGCCAUGCAUCAAUCUGAAUUCGUUCCUAUUUGAAUAAAGGACGUUUUACAUCAAAACACAAGCAAUACUAACGAGAUCCCUGACUCGUGAGGCAUGCUGGAUAUUGCAUACCACCACUUUAAAAAAAGAGCUAUUAAAACACAACACUAAAAUAUGUCAUACUGUGUGUGUGUGCUAAAAAAUAUAUAUAUCAUAUAAAAUCAUGUUUAGUAUUCCCUGCCUACUGUAAUGUAAUGUUGAAACGGUUUGAUGUGUAGUUUUUGUGUGCAUGCUGUGAAAUAAUCCAAUGGAUGAACUGUGAACGAUGUGGAGCGCUUGUGCGGUAUCCCUCCAUUUAACUGCACGGGUUAACUAAUUGAAAACUGUUAAUCAACUACUGGAAUCGAGUUGCAAUAAACACUGAAUAAAACACUGUUAUUAAACACA